AUGGCUUCAGAGAAACGUCAAAAGGCGAUCGACCUCUCGCACCAUCUUUCUGACCUCUCGCGUGCUCGAGGCGUCUCACCGCUUAAAGGACUCGCCAAAUACUUUGGACGCCCGGGCGUGAUAAGCCUUGCAGGAGGCCUGCCGAACCCGGCCUAUUUCCCCUUCAACAACAUCGGAGCGGAUGUGCUGGUUCCUGACUCGUUUUCCCUCAAUACCACGGGACAAGACGAAUCCUCCCUGUCUUGGUUCUGGAAGUUCUUUGGUCGUGCGGGGAAGGAAAGGACAACGUCCAUCUCGAUCCCCAAGUUUUCAGAGACCACCGAGCAGGUCAGCCUAGCUGUUGCCCUACAGUAUGGCGGCAUUGGGUUGCGUCAGCUUCAGGCCUUCCUCAACGAAUUCGUGGAGAAGGUGUAUCAGCCCGCAUACAGCGAUUUUUCGAUCCUCGUUCACACUGGAAACACAGACGGGUGGUCCAGAGUUAUGCAAACUCUCAUAAAUCCCGGGGAGAGCUUUUUAACUGAAGAAUGGACUUACACUUCUGCACUUGCAACCACCAAUCCGCAUGGGAUGCACGCCGUCCCAAUCCCAAUGGACAAGGAUGGAAUGAGCAGCACUGACUUGCGAAGCAUUCUUGCUGGGUGGGAUGAGAAGGCUCGCGGUUGCAAGCGUCCACAUGUGAUGUAUACUGUCCCCGUGGGCCAGAAUCCGUGCGGAUAUACUAUGAGCAGUAUUCGCAAGAAAGAGAUAUACAAUAUCUGCGUCGAGUAUGAUAUCAUCAUUGUCGAAGACGAUCCCUAUUACUUCAUGCAGCAAGAAGACUACGUGCCCAAGUCGGAGCGUUCAUCGCAAUCUACUGGUAAAUAUGUGAAUGAGGCGGAUUGGCUCGCCAGCUUAUCUCCAAGCUAUCUAAAAUUUGACUACCAAGGUCGAGUUAUAAGGCUCGAUACUUUUUCUAAGUAUAUUGCGCCUGGUUCUCGCCUGGGAUGGCACACUUGUAGUCCUCUCUUCGCAGAGCGGCUGGAGAGACAAGGUGAAACUUCUACGCAGACACCGUGUGGGUUUGGACAGUCCUUGGUUACCCAGCUCCUGACCACAUGGAAGUAUGAUGGAUACAUUCGGUGGCUGCAUGGCAUCGCCGUUCAGUACAAGAAUCGACGUGACUUCUUUAUCGAUACAUUCGGGGAUGAAUUUCACCUUGUGCCCUCAACUUCCAACAUCGGUUUCUGGAAGGACCGUCAGGUUUUCGACGCGUAUGCAAAAUCCAAGAAGUGCGUCAUGGCGGAGAAAGGCGAAUUAGGCACCAAACUUUUCAGCUUUGUACCCCCGUCCGCGGGCAUGUUCAUCUGGUUGAAAGUGCACUUCGAAAACUGCCCAGGAGCAAAUGCUUCUGGUGCAGAAAGGCCGGAGAUACAGCUGUGGGUUAAGAUUGCUGAGGCCGGUGUUGUCAUUUCCCCGGGCUGGUUCUUUGCCGCAGACGAAGAGAACCCACCGACGGACGAAACGGAAGGUCAUUUCCGGAUUAGCUUUAGCUAUGCAGAUUUUGAGACGCUGAGGAAGGCGGUGAAGAUCAUUGCGAAUGUCAUGAAGGAAUUCUUCAGAGUGAGCGAUUAG